AUGGCUACGGAAUUCAAGCGGUACCAGGAUCGGUACAAUACGUUCUGCCAAACGUACAAUAUGCGAGGAAAGCGUUGUUCAUGGCCAUAUCGAGUUAUUCCAACAAAGGCAGUAGCUCAAAUGGGAUUUGAGUUCAGACCUAUAUUCAAAGGUGAAAUCCUGAGUCGGGAUUGUGUAUAUUGUAGUUUCUGUGGCUCAGAAACAGAUGAUUUUCAUGACUGCAGAGUCAAACCACUAGCUGGAACUUUAUGCAAAGUUUUGGCAAAACAUCUACAGUCAAAUAGUAGUUGUCUGCAUUCUGCUCUUAAGUUGACGCUUAUAAUGUCCCUUUGGAAAGGUGAGCAAAUCAUAUGGUCAGAGCACCCUCUCUUAGGAUCACCACACAGUAAAGAAAUGUUCGGCCUACGACGCUGGACCUAUCAAGAGGGCUGGAUUCAUGACAAUGAGGAGAACCUAUCGAUUGAAUCAAUGGCAAAAGCAGGACUUUUGCGCUAUGACCUCGGGCUGGCAUCUCCUGAACUACAAGAAGAACAUCCCGAUGCCACCUAUUGCAUCUAUUGCAGUAAAAUAAUAGGCUCUUGGGAGCCUUCCGAUAUUCCUUUAUGGGAACAUUACGUAUGUUCAAAUGGGGGACAGUGCCUUUUCUUCGAGACAAUGAUCGAUAAUGAUGUUGUUCGGCGACUUAGAGCACAGCACGUCGAGCAAGGCCUAAACAAUGACGAGAAUAUAUUUCCAUCUUUAGACUACUAUGAGACAUUUGGUACGCAGCUGAAGAAAUUUGAAGAUCAGACGUCAAUUGAAGAGUCUCAGAUCAAACGAGGUCGGCCAAAAUCUCGCGAAAUUAAUGGACCACCUAGUGAACCACGUAAGCGUGGACGUCCGCGCAAAGAAAAGCGUAUUGAGGACGAGAAUGGAAGUUUGGAAGAGAGAAUAGAUAUAGGGGCUGGAUCUGGUGAAGUGCAAAUUGUCAAACGUAAGCGCGGCCGCCCAAAGAAGGUUAACACAAUGAUGGCAGAGAAGCCAAAACGUCCGAGAGGAAGACCUCGUAAAGAUGCGACCUCAUCUGUGAAGCAAGAUGGGAAACUGAGCAGAGAAUCCCCUCCAUUUUCCUCUAAUUCUAAUACAACAGGCUUAAACGAAACGAACAUAGUUCCCUCAAUUGCGGCCGAUUUUGAUACAAUACGGUCAGACUCAGCAUCGCCGAUACCAAGCCGUGCCACACAAUCUGCGAGUGAGUCUAAUAUUGAUACGGCACUGUUAAAUCCCGAGCCUGUGCCGACUGGGAUAGAAAGUGGGGUUUUGGCCUCGCCGAAGCGCAGGAUUAGAAUCAAACAAAACCAAAAACUCAGCAUGGCUGACGAUUCAGAGCUUUUUGAAGGUGAUGAGAAUUCUACCAAAAGUAUUGUACUGAACUUUAAUAACAGAUCUCCGUCGGGCCCUCCAAAAACUCGUAAUCCUAUUAUUGAUGAUAGUUUUGAUGCCUUCAGCUUUAGUGCACACGGCAACAGUGAGUUUGUUAUUCCAGACAGCGUCUUUCAAUCAAAGCUGAGAGCGAAAGAGCAAAAUUUACCAAAUUCAAGACAAAAAGCUACAUCCGAUGCUGGGGAUCACCAAAGCGAUGGUUCUUCCAUUACAGAAAGGAAUUUAUCCUCUGGCUCAAAGAGUGACAGUUUACCAGCGCGAGUUCUUGACAACAUUGACCUAAACGUUGACAUUAGCGACGACUCCGAAGAAGAAGCUUCAUCUUCAGAAGUAAACGGUGGAGAUGCUACUCCUAGACAGAUACGGUCUUUAGACCCCGUAGAGAAUUUCGGACGAGAAAGUACUGGAAAUUUGAGCAAAUAUCCUAUAACUGAUCGCUCGAAUCAAGCAUCGAUAAGUGAACCCGCCAAAAAUCACCUUGUCCUCCCAGAGCACAGCUUGCAUGGCAUCGUUCUCGAUCCCAACCAUUCUCCGAUUGCAUUAGCGAAAAAAUUGACAGAGGACAGCAAGACCCGUUUGGGAACUGGUACCCCUGGCGGGCUAGUGGUCACAGAUUAUGGAGAACCAACGAUCAGCAAAAAGAUAUCGCAACCAUCUAGUGAUACAAAAGGAAACAGCUCAGCAAAGCAAUCAAGUUAUGCUGCUCUACAGCCACAAACUGGCAUGUCCACUCCAAAUGGGCCUUCGCAAAAUUCAACGGGACCUCGUGAACUUUUUACUGACAGUGCGAAAGUACGCGAUUCUCUACACAAAGUUGACGAAAGCCGUGGCCUUCUUGCUAAUUAUUUUCGCAAGCUGCUCCAUUAUAUCAAUGUAAAUGACGCUACACUGGAUAACGAAAAAGAUGGAGACUUGAGUUUCUUCGUCCAUCAUAUGCCUGAGGUGGAAAAGAAGCUUACCUUUGCAGCGUGGAUUGACAUGAAGAAAAUGGAGCUCAGAGAAGAAUUUAACAGAGACUAUCAGAUUAAAAUUGCGACCAUAGAGCAACAGUUUACAGAAGCCAAGAAUUUCUUCCUUGAGUUAGACAAUGACGACGCUAUUCUCAAACUAGCGGAGCUUUAUAAUAUACCGACGACGGAAAAAUAA